AUGAACCAUUUAUCCAUAUUGCCACCUCUACUAACGUCUAUCUCAAAUGCUUCUAGGCUCAGAAUGCUAGACCUUGGAAGUAACCAUUUUACUGGUGCAAUUCCUCAUUCUCUUGGAAACUUGAGAUUAUUGGAAAACUUGGGUAUAUCAGGAAAUUAUUUUUCUGAGGCCCCGCUAUCCAAAGAGUUGAGCUUCAUCAUAUCCCUGUCAAACUGCAAACAUUUAACAAGGUUGUGGAUAGAUGAGAAUCCUCUGAACGGCUUCCUCCCAAAGUCUAUUGGAAAUCUUUCUAGCUCACUCGAAUCCAUUUAUGCCGCUCGUUGUGGAAUCAUAAGUGAAAUUCCAAGUUCGAUUGGUAAUUUGAGCAACUUGAUAGGGCUGAGCUUUGCAACCAAUAGUUUGACGGGUGUAAUUCCGACUACGAUCAAAUGGUUGUUGAAGUUUCAGAGGAUAGAUCUAAGCGACAAUCAGAUACAAGGAGCUAUUCCAAGUGAGUUUUGUAAUUUGCUGAACUUAGAAGGAUUAAGACUUGGACAAAAUAAGCUUUCUGGUAUGAUGCCUUCUUGUUUAGGAAACGUUACAACACUCAGAUAUGUUUAUCUUAAUUCUAACAAUUUAAGUUCUAUGAUGCCAACAAGCUUUUGGAGCCUCAGAUAUAUUUUGGAGCUAGACAUGUCAGGAAAUUAUUUGACAGGUUCUUUGCCUGCUGAAAUUGGAAACUUGAAGGCAUUAGUCUAUUUGAACCUUUCAAAUAAUCAAUACUUGGGUGGGAUACCCAGCACUAUCGGAGCACUACAAGAUUUGCAAGAACUCUCCUUGGAACGUAACAAGCUACUGUUGGGGAAACCGGGUAUUUUCCCACUCAAAAUUACAACUAGUGAUUAA